UUGCAUACGCCAUUAGCAACACGGAUUCGCUGCGCGCGGGCAACGACCGAGGAGCGACUGUUAGCAGGACAGUAACCGACCGUUCGCUGGGUAUUACCCCGAGCCGCCGUGUAUCCAGACCAGCAGCAGCAUGGCAGAUGACCUGGACAUCGAGGCGAUGCUGGAGGCUCCUUACAGGAAGACUUGCCUAACGAUUUCUCACCUCUACUCCCCUGAAUGCCAGUGUGAUCUGUCACAAACAUGAAGUGAAGGGAAAAAGUCGCCUGGAAGGAAGGAAACCAAUGAAAACACAGAGCUGAAACUGACAGGUGUGUUCCCUGAACAGGGCCCUUCAGAGGAGUCCCAGCAGCCAAAACCAGCACAGCAUCCACAGGACUGGAGAAGAGCUGGACUGUGGAGUGUCUGUCUGCAGCCGGAGCUCCAGCCGGGCUGCGGCCACACUGACCCCCCCAGCCCCCCACACACAGAGCCCAGGCUGCAGCCUCGGACUGACUGACCGACCCAGACUAACCUGACCUCUGACCCUCCACCUCUAAACCCCUCCCCCUCACAGAACAGCCUGUUUGAAUGUGACUCAUUGUGUUUAUAUUCUCUUUUGCCCCCAACCCCCCCCCCCCCAACCCCCCACACCUGAAUGUUGCAUCUGCCUCCUCAUGCUGUUCUCUGUCGACCCUGAUAGGAGGACACCAAGGCCCCGAGCCUGGAUGGACAGGAAGAGCGCACCAAGAGGAAGAAGCGCAGCCACGACAGGAAGCGCAGCACGAGUCGAGACAGGAAGAGGAGCCGCAGCCGUGAGCGUAAACGCAGCCGCAGCAAAGACAGACGGAGAAGCCGCAGCCGAGAGCGCCGCCGCAGCCGAGAGAGGGGGGGGCGCUACAGAGACCACCACAAACACCGUCGGCGGUCGAGGAGCAAGAGUCCGUUCAGGAAGGAGAAGAGUCCGAUCAGGCAGCCCAUAGAUAACCUGACUCCAGAGGAGCGAGAUGCUCGGACCGUGUUCUGUAUGCAGCUGGCAGCCAGGAUCCGGCCCAGAGACCUGGAGGAGUUCUUCUCUGCGGUGGGGAAGGUCCGGGACGUGAGGAUGAUCUCGGACAGGAACUCCCGCAGGUCCAAGGGCAUCGCCUACAUUGAGUUUGUGGAGGCGAACUCCGUUCCUCUGGCCAUCGGACUGACGGGGCAAAGGCUGCUGGGAGUUCCCAUAAUCGUACAGGCCUCACAGGCGGAGAAGAACAGAGCGGCGGCCGCAGCCAACAACCUGCAGAGGGGAACGUCGGGACCGAUGAGGCUGUACGUGGGCUCGCUGCACUUCAACAUCACCGAGGAGAUGUUGCGAGGAAUCUUUGAGCCGUUCGGACGGAUUGAGAGCAUCCAGCUGAUGAUGGACAGUGAGACGGGACGGUCUAAAGGCUACGGCUUCAUCACGUUUGCAGAUGCUGAGUGUGCAAAGAAAGCUCUGGAGCAGCUGAACGGCUUCGAGCUGGCAGGUCGACCCAUGAAGGUGGGUCACGUGACGGAGCGGACCGACGCGUCCACGGCUUCGUCUUUCCUCGACAGCGAUGAGCUCGAACGUACCGGCAUUGACCUGGGAACCACCGGGCGGCUGCAGCUCAUGGCCCGGCUCGCUGAGGGUACAGGUCUGCAGAUCCCCCCCGCUGCUCAGCAGGCUCUGCAGAUGAGUGGAGCUAUCGCUAUAGGAGCCAUGGCUGCUGUGUCAGCUGCCAUGAAUCCAGCUCUCAACAUGAACAUGAACUCUGCUGCUCUGAAUCUUCCCUCUCAGCCUCUGGCCACACACUGCUUCCAGCUGUCUAACAUGUUCAACACCAACAGUGAGGAGGCUCCUGGUUGGGAGAUGGAUAUCCAACAUGAUGUCAUAGAGGAGUGUAACAAACAUGGAGGAGUUGUUCACAUCUACGUCGACAAAAACUCAUCUGAGGGAAAUGUCUAUGUCAAGUGUCCGUCGAUCCCAGCCGCCAUGGCUGCCGUCAACAGCCUCCAUGGAAGAUACUUUGCUGGUAAGAUGAUCACAGCGGCGUACGUUCCUCUGCCCACUUACCACAACCUGUUCCCAGAGUCUGUCACCGCCACUCAGCUGCUGGCUCCGCCCCCUCGACGGUGACUCGCCAGCGACACUGCCCUCUGAUUGGACACUGGACAUUAAAGCCCCUCUUUUAUAUCCUCCUCUCCUAUUGGUCAACACAGACAGUCAGUUUUCCAUAUGAUCGUCGUUUGUUUUUGUUUUUCUGCCCCACCCCCUCUGAGUAUCACCCAACGAUUGAGCUCCGUGAGCUGUGAGAAGGCUGAUAAUGGUGAUGAUGAAGGUGGUGCAAGCUGAUUGGUUGGUUUGAAGCUGUUUGGUAUUUAACUGUUUUUCUAAUUGAGAUUUCAUUUUGUAAAAACGUUGAUUAAAUUUUAUUUUCAAAUCA